GAGGUUGGUACCCCGCAGCCGGGAGCAGGAGGAUACCCGCAGCCGGGAGCAGGAGGAUACCCGCAGCCGGGAGCAGGAGGAUACCCUCAGCCAGGGGCAGGAGGAUACCCUCAACCGGGGGCAGGAGGCUAUCCAUCCAUGCCCCCAGGAGGUGGAGGCUGGGGUGGAGCACCGGGUGGAGCACCAGGUGGAGCACCAGGUGGAGCACCAGGUGGCUAUAGCGGGCCUGGAGGAUACCAAGGGGGGCCUGCUCCAGGCCAACCCAUGCCAAAUUGCCCUGGAGCCCCUCCAGCUAACCCCUCAAUGCCUGGAUAUGGUGGUGGAUUUCCGUCCACCCCUCGGGCACCUUAUACAGGACAGAGAGGUGCUAUUAAAGAUUGUCCAGGGGCAGAUCCUCUGAGGGAUGCUGAAGUUCUUCGAAAAGCUAUGAAGGGUUUUGGCACCGAUGAAAAGGCCAUUAUUGAACUUCUGGGGAGUCGUUCAAACAAACAGAGGGUUCCAAUAGUAGUUGCCUACAAAACGACUUAUGGAAAGGAUUUAAAACACGAUCUGAAAUCUGAGCUCACUGGAAACUUUGAGAAACUGGUUCUUGCCAUGUUGAUGAGCCCUGCACACUACGAUGCAUUUGAACUCAGAGAAGCUAUAAAGGGUGCAGGAACCGAUGAAAACUGCCUGGUUGAGAUUCUUUCCUCGCGUUCCAAUGCGGAGAUUCAAGAAAUCAACCGAAUUUACAAAGCCGAGUACGGGAAGAGCCUGGAGGACUCCAUCAUGCACGAUACUUCCGGUCACUUUCGAAGACUUCUGGUUUCUCUCUGUCAGGGAAGUCGUGAUGAAAGGGAGAAUGUUGACAGCAACCUGGCCAAACAGGAUGCUCAGAAACUGUAUGCUGCUGGAGAACAUAAGCUGGGAACUGAUGAGUCUCAGUUUAACGCUAUCCUGUGUGCUCGCAGCAGGAGCCACCUUCAGGCAGUCUUCCAGGAGUACCAGAAAAUGACUGGGAAAGACAUUGAGAAGAGCAUAUGCAGUGAAAUGCAUGGCGAUUUGGAGCAUGGCAUGGUGUCUGUGGUGAAAUGCAUCAAGAACGCCCCUGCCUUCUUUGCCGAAAGACUCAAUAAGGCCAUGAAGGGCGCAGGGACCAAGGAUCAGACCCUCAUCCGCAUCAUGGUGUCCCGCUCUGAGAUAGACAUGCUGGACAUCAGACAGGAGUAUAAGAAGAAAUACGGAAAAUCACUGUACACUGACAUCGCAGGUGAUACCUCCGGGGACUAUGAGAAGCUGCUGCUGAAGCUCUGUGGAGGCAAUGACUAAAAGGAAAGGAAGACAGCCUCUCAUAAGGAAGCUAUAUAUACGGUCACACUGAAGAAUGUUAUAGUACUUUAUAUCACCACUAUCUGAUGCAUGCAGCUAUUGUAACGCUUCCUGUGACAAUAAGAAAUCAACGUUAAAUUUGCAUUACUUUUUUGCUAUUGUGUAAUUGCCAAAUAGUAAUCUAUACUAAUAUGAAUAUACAAUUUCAGUAGAUUGCUUUAUUGUUAUUGGACAAAUGGUAGAGUGCUAAAGAUGUGGGUGCUUGACAAUUUUAUACUUAAUUAAAAGCUAACUGUAUUGUAUUACUAAAAUAACUAUCAAUCAUAAAUGGUCUUUAUAUAGCUUUUUCUGCACACUGAAAGCCCAUUGGCCGUUCACCAGAGGCGGUGUCUUGCCCAAGGACACUUUCUACCUACAGUUAGUAGAUUAUAUCUGCUGUACCUCCUGAGCCACGGCAACCCCUCAUAUAGAGUAGUAUUUAAAAUAAAACAAUCUGCUAAACUUAGUCUAAUUUUGUUUGUAAUCAUAAUUAAAGAAAACCACAUUUGGUGUAAAUUUUUAUUUUAUAAAAUAAAAGAUGCAGAACAAGGCAAGUGACUAAUUUAGGUAAUAUAUGCAGUAAAAGGAAUCAUAAAGGUUUACCUCACCACCAGUUACUUUAACUAUUUGGAAGUGAAAGAGUAGAAAAGUGUGUGAAACUCAUGAAAUGUUAUAGCAAAUUAAAACCUACUUACCCAGCAGAUAUGAUCAUUUGAUGUGUGUGUAACUGCUCACAGUUAAAUCCCAGGUGAUUUGUGAAUGUAAGAAAUAAAGAUCUGCAGAGGGCAUUUCCUCUUUAACCUGUCCCUUAUCAGUUUUACUUCUGCUUGAAGGUCUAUGCAAAUUAGCUGUUCACUUUAUAUCAUUUAUAUAAUCUUUAUAGAACUUUACUCUUGAAAUGUAAACCUUUCAAAUCAUGCCUCUGCAUUUUCAUAUCUGCAUAUUGAAAAGCCAAAGCCUAGACACAGAUCAUUUGUGCUUUUGUAUUACCUAUAGUUUGUGUUAGUGUGGUUUAUCUCAGACAAUCUUUAAUCAUACUUGUAUGGCUGCACAAAUGACUGAUUGUAAAUAUUUAGUUUACAUUUUCUUUCAUAGUGUCCUUUACUAGUUUGGUUUACUGCCAAUAGAGGGCUCUUGGUUCACAUUGCCUGCUGACUUAGUUUGUCUUUGAAUAUCUACUGCACUAACUCUAGUUUGCAAUGUAACAUGAUGAUAAUUGAAAUUCAAUGGUGGCCUCUUCAGUUUUCUAACAUUUUGCCAUUUGAUACUCCCGCUGUUUGCCAAGACUUAAAACCAGCCACUUCUCAUUUCAAUAAAACUUUUUGGCAUAUC